AUUUUGACAUUUUAAAGGUUUUUUAAGUACUAAAAAGUUUCUGUGGUCGCAGAACUAUUUUCCUUUUCCAUUUUCUCAGUUUUUCUCUCAAUUUUUGCAACUGCCCAUGGUGAAAAUGAGAUAAUUGUACAAAAAGAUGAAAACACAGCAAAUACAAGGUGGCUACGAUGAUGGGAGAUAUAUCGAAUCUGCUGGAAAGAUCUCAUCGCUCCACACGGGAUUACACCCUCGUCAGUCCUGGCAGCAGCUCAGAGGACGAUGGCGAUGAUGCAGUGAUCUUUGACGGCGUUUCACGGACACGUCCAAAACGUAAAUGCUACACGCAUUGCGGUGUCAUCCUUAUUGUACUCCUCUUUUUGCUGUUUCUCGUCUACAUCCCCCUUUUCCGCAACAUCCAGAACCGAAUAGUGAGUAUCCCGGGAUGGAGCUACAAUACAUCUCGCGAUACUGCAGAUUACGUCUUUCCCCAUCUCAAUACAUCCCUCAUCGAGCCCAACACCUUUGACAUGGAUAAUGGAGUUUUUCUUCUCAUUGUCGUGUGUUCAGCUGCCCACAAUUUCUAUGCCAGGCAGACGAUCAGAGAGACAUGGGGCAAUACUAGUGAAUUCAACUACCCGUAUUUCCCGCGAAUACACAGGAAUUUCCAGGGAAAAUAUUUGCGGGCGAAUGUUACUCGUUGGCGGGACUUCUUCUACGAAGAUGUUGCGUCUCAAUCUAGUCAUGUGUCCGUGGAAAAUGCCACGGAGUCUGAGGUGGUGCAUCCGGUGCGCUUGAAGGUGAUUUUUCUGCUUGGUCAGACACCUAGUAAUGAAACUCAAAGUCAGAUUGUAGCUGAGAGUGAUCAAUUUGGGGAUAUUGUACAGGAGAGUUUUCUGGAUAGCUAUAAUAAUCUCACCCUUAAGUCUGUGAUGCUGCUGAAGUGGGUGACUAACAAUUGUUUGGAUCGUGUGAGAUUUAUCAUGAAAUGCGAUGAUGAUGUAUUUGUCAAUGUGCCCAAUUUACUGCACAUUCUACUGGGUGGAAUUGUACCAGUGUACAAUGAUACUCUGUCAUUUUAUGAUCUCACAAAUCUAAUGGCCACGAGGAAGAAGACAGCAAUUGUGGAGCCUAAAAGAUUACUCAUGGGAUUCCUUUUCUGUCGAGCAAAGCCCAUUGCAGAUGUUACCAGCAAAUGGUAUUCGCCCAUUUACAUGUACAGCGGAACGACGUAUCCGAAUUAUUUGUCUGGAACUGGAUAUGUGAUGUCUGCAGAUACACUUUCCAUUCUGUACAAUGCUUCCUUGAAGACUCCUCUGUUCCAUCUGGAGGAUGUCUUUGUUACAGGUAUUUGUGCCCAUCAGGCGGGUCUCAAGCCACGCCACAGUCCCUUGUUUACCUACACCGUUGUAAAGAAUUUGUGUGCCAUUCGUGGGAUGAUCACGCAGCAUCCACUUUCGCCAGAUGACAUCAAACGAGCCUAUGACUUUGUCACUAAUACCACAAUACGCUGUCCAGGUCCUGAUGUUCACUUCAACACCAAGAAAGUCCUUGGACGAUCCAAAUUUUGCAAGUAAGCCAUGGGUGGGGAUUACUUUGAGAAAUUUCUUGCAUGAGAAAAGAAGGUAUUUUAAAAAUGACUUUUACCGUUGAUCCAAUGCUUCGAAUAUUUGAUAUAAAAAAAGAACCUUACAUUAAUAAAGGAGAGAAAAGCUAGUGAAGAAUUUCAAUUUAGGUGAUUUAUGAAAAUUUGCUAUAUUGAAAAAAAAAAUAAAUAAAAAUGCUGAAGGAAUUUUCAUUGAAAAUGAAUGCUAGUGAUAUUUUUUUAAUAAGAUUAAUAAAUUAUCUGACAAAGACGAAAAAAAA